AUGGUAAUGUCCAAUGAAGUUGUUUCUUAUGUUGAAAAUUGUCGUUCAGAAGAGAUACUCAAUGCCCUUCAAUCACAAUCAUACUCUAAUGACUAUAUAUGUAAAAUUUGUUUUGGUUUACUGCACAAUCCAUUUCUAUGUAAUAUUCCUUUCAAUAUCAACGAGGCACAAAGUAAAACGCAACUUAUAAAUGAAGAUUACAAUAAAUAUGCUCUUCUAUACUUGUGUAAAAAACUCAGUGAUUCAAAGUAUCAGUUUACAGCAUAUCAACUUCGGGUCACUGAACCUAUCAAUAUUAUUCUGCGUGAACAAUUUCUAUGGGAUGAGCUGAUUUGUUUAUCAGUUGAUUAUGUUGAUGAAACUACUAUCAAUAAUAAUAAUAAUAAUAAUAAUAAUAACUACACAAUUGAAAAUCAGAAAAGUCUAUCACCAAUUAUGUUCACAAAAAAUGAUAUCAAUUCAUUAAGAUCACGAACAAUACCAGUUAAAACCGUAUGGAAGUGGAUUGUGGAACCCCAUUUAUCACUACUUCUAAAGGCACCAAUGAUCUAUUCUUUACGAGAUGAUAUUGAACUAAAAUCAGUAAAAACUAACGGGUUAACUGCAAAUAAUCCCAAUCAUGAUCAAGAGUCAAAUAUUAUUUGUAUUAAUGUAGAAUUUUCAAAUUCUGCUAUUCAGACAGAUUGUAAUGCAUUUAUUAGCUUUCUAGAGCGUUCUCCUUUGAAUUCUAUCCAACAUUGCCUUGUUCGUUUCAAAAAUUCAAAGAUACCUCGUAAACGUUCAAGAUUCAACUUUGCAGAAAAGUUAAAAAUUAAUUCUCUGAAACAAGAGACAAUAAAAUGUCAAGAUGAAUUAAAAGAUGACAGAGAAGCGAAAGAAGUAUCCAUGGAAGAUAUUUCUUAUCAAAACACAGAUUCAUCGAUUCUCAAUCAGUCAUCAUCUGUGGUCAAUAUCGAUUUUACUCUACCGAGAUCAUUUCAGUUUUCUCGAGUAGUUUUAACAGAACUUGUUUCUUUACUGAAAGAUACUUGCUUACAUUCAAAUUACAUCAAAAACAUUUCUGAAAACGAUCGUUCACUUGCUUUCAUAUCAUCUCUCAAUAUUUGUCGAAGUGUACCCCUUUACUUGGCUGGUCGUUAUGUGAAAUUGAGUCGACGCUUACCCCAAACUCCAUGGAUAAUCGGUUGUUUUGUUACAGCUGGUAGAGAAGAUGUUGAUGUCAGAUGUCUUGGACUUGGUCGACCUUUUGUAAUUGAAAUUAGUAAUUAUGAACUAUUGCCAUCGGAAAUAAUUCGGCAGUGGUCUAUUCAUGGAAAUAUUUUUACAGAUAGUUCUGAAAAUGAUCAGUCUCAACCGUUGGAUUUAUUGAAGUUGGCAUCUUUGGUAAAUUCAAAUACACAGGAUCAGGUGUUCAUAAGAGAUUUACAGUUAGUAUCAUCCGUGUCCGCUACAGCUGCUUUAAAGACAGGUGAAAUGGAGAAAGCUAAAUGUUAUCGAGCUGUUUGUUGGUGUCCUCAUGGUGGAAUUAACACAAAACUACUUACGAAGAUGGAACAAUAUACUUCUUUAUUGUCAACUUCUACAGAGGAGAAUCCCGAUCUACCGCAGCCUACUAUUCAUUGGCCUCCGAAUAAAUCUCACUCUGUAAAAUAUGGAAAACUUUAUUUUGGUCCACUUGAAAUUAAUCAACUUACGCCUAUACGCGUGUUGCAUAGAAGAGCAUUGAUGAAUCGUAAACGAACUAUUCAUCAUUUGUGUUUUAUGUCAUACACAGAGGCAAUGAAAGCUAAUAUUUUUGAGUUUGAUGAUUUUAGAACAUGGUCAAAGUUAUAUCCAGAAGAUGAACUUUUUCUCCUAGAAAUUCGGUGUGAAGCUGGUACUUACAUUAAAGAACUUGUACAUGGUGAUCUUGGCAGAUGUAAUCCUAGUUUAGCAAGUAUAUUUGGUCGUCAGUUAGAUAUAUUGGCAUUAGAUGUGAUUGCAGUUGAACUUGAUUGGCCUAAACGUCUAAGCAAUCCAACUUAG